UUGAAGAGCAAGAAGUGGGGGGUUUUAUUGUAUGUCUGUAAUGACCUCAUGGUGUUUCCCGCCCAAAUUUCAGAUGAAAUUGCGAAAAAGGCGUUAGUUACGAAGGGCGAUAUCACUAAAGAUGACAUGGUAGAGACACUCAUUGAAUGGCGCCUGAAUGGCAUUCACGAAGAUCAAGCUUUUGUCUGGCCGCACUUCACACCAACUGACAUUACUCCUCCCCGGGCAUCGUGGGCAUCUCCUGUCCUAUCUCGCACUUUUCAUGGCAAUGUCGCUUGUCACAUGCUAACUGAUGUUGAACGCAAAAAGAUCAUGCAAGAUAUGGCAAAGAAAAUGAACUGGCAUUGCGCAACUGGUGUAGGUCAUAUUCAUCAACUUCUUUGGGCGCCGUGUGAUGACGGCAAUGUGGGGAGAGAGAAAUUAGCCAAGGGUUUGAAUGCAGAAGGCAUUGAUGCUUUGCUAUAUGUUUGUGCAGAUCUCAAUCGAGUCCCCUUGCAACUACCUAGACGAGAAGUCAAACGGAUUCUAAUUCAUCAAUUGAUCGACUGG